AACAGAGAAAGCUUAGAUUUUUUUUUUUUUUUAUACAAAUUUUCAUGUUCAGCCUUCCUAAACAUAAUGGUUUAGAAAGAAAUAGUUUAACUCUAAAUAUAGACAGAUAAAAGUUGCAGUUUUUUCUGUCACUAAGAUUGCCGACCUUGCUGUGCAGUUGAGAAGUUGAAGUCCUAAAUUUAGUACCACGUUGGAUUUUCCGAAUUAUUGUUAUUAUUUUGUAAACAGAAAAGGAGAGUUAAGAGGGUGAUACUGGAAAUUGGGAAGUUCCAAGCAGUUAUAGUCGACGAUAAUUAAGCAAAAUAUUUUGCCUCGAGUUCGUGACUAUUCAACAUCUGUGAUUCUCUAAAGGUUUUAAAUUUGGAAGGAAAUAAAGACUGCUGCACAGUCACUGCUUCAGAGUGUGGAGAGUUCACUGGAGUUGAUUCUGAAAGGGAAGAGAGAUCCAUAGAUGCUGUCUUUGUCACUCUCUGGAUUCUGAGCCUUUCCAGAAACCAUUUCUCUGUUUGUCUUUUGGAUUAGGAUUAUGCACCUCUCUGAUUGUACGUGAAGUUCCUAGUACAGAGAUUAAGGUUGAUGGAAUGAGCAAAAUAUGAAAAAGUUCCGUUUUUGAAACAUUUGCUGCACUGUUUAUCUCGUGCUUUUUGAUGGUGACAAUUUAAGAGUUAUGGAUAUUUCUCACUAUACAAGGAUUGUCUUUGAUAAAAUUCAUAAAUUUGAGCCAGAGCAUGCUAGGAAGAUAAUUGGCUAUCUCCUUCUACAAGACCAUGGAGAACUAGAAAUGGCAAAAUUGGCUUCGUACCCUGACUAUUUCAUUCGUGAAGUUGCAUUUCAGGCCAAAAGGGAGCUUCUAAGAUUGUCUGCGAAACCAGAUAUGCUUCCAAUUUCACACAUGGUCAACCCUCAACAAGGUUAUAGCCAUUUAGCAGUAAUGUCUCCAAGAACUCCUACUACAACAAACUUUCAGGCUCCCCCUCUGUAUUGGGAUCCACAACCUGCUGGAAAUAUCAAUUCAGACUUUAUGGCAAUGAAUUACUUGGAUUCUGUCAUGGAGCUUCAGAAGCAGACACAACUGUGCAGUUUGGAGAAUCGUGUAGAUGCUGUAAAGACUGGAACUGUAGGGGUUGCCAAUGAUUACUAUAGAGAUGCUUCUGCUGCCAAUUUGGGUGGAAAAGCUGGGAGAAGGUUUUCUGAAUAUCCAAUGAAAGUUUGUCACUAUUUCAACAAAGGAUUCUGCAAGCAUGGAAAUAACUGCAGAUUCUAUCAUGGUCAAGUUGCCCCUGAGAAUUUAUCUCAGAUGUAUGGAAAUGAUGCUAAUAAUGAGGAUCAUGUGAUUUCUCCAGGGUCACUAGCACAGCUAGAGUCAGAAAUUAUUGAGCUUCUAAGAUCAAGGGAUGAUGCAAUAUCGAUUGCUUCUCUGCCAAUGGCGUACUAUGAUAGAUAUAAGAAGGUACUGCAAGCAGAUGGUUAUUUAACUGAGAGCCAGAGACACGGUAAGUCUGGCUAUAGUUUGACAAAGCUUCUUGCGCGACUGAAAAAUAGUAUUCGGCUAAUAGUGAGACCCCAUGGGCAGCAUUCAGUGACUCUGGCAGAAGAUGCUCCCACACAAAUGCAGAAGGGAGAGUUUGCUCGAAAUAUCAGUGCUUCACGACAGAUAUAUCUGACAUUCCCGGCUGACAGCACUUUCACAGAGGAUGAUGUCUCAAACUAUUUCAACACAUUUGGGCUUGUUGCAGAUGUUAGAAUUCCAAACCAGCAGAGAAGGAUGUUUGGAUUUGUGACAUUUGCUCAUUCAGAAACUGUCAAAACUGUUUUGGAUAAAGGGAAUCCCCAUUGUGUUCGGGGUUCUCGGGUUCUUGUGAAACCUUACCGGGAGAAAGCAAAGAUUAAUGAAAGAUGCAGGAAGUACACUGAUAGAAUUGAGCAUACGGUUUGUUAUUCACCCCACUGUGUAGAUACGGACUCUGAACUUAACUCCUCAAGUAUGAUGUCUUAUUCAGAAGAGCAUAUAAUUUCCCUUUCUCCAAGAAGUUUGGGGAAUCAUAGAUCCUUUAGGAGGAUGCUAAUUCAAGAGCAAGAGCAUGAACAGGCCCGGGAACAUGAGAGGAGAAGCCUUGCACAAGCGCAGUUGUCCUCAAGAUCUUUAUCCAGCUCACCUCAUUUUGGUUUCUCCUUGGAGGAGACAAAAGUUUCAGAUGAUCACUUCAAUCUUCAGUCACCAGAAGAAUCAUUCAGUUUUCCACUGCAUGCCAAAUCCAGACAUACAGACGACAAUUUCUAUGAUGAGGAAAGUUUGGCUGCAACCACAUCUCCUGAAAUAUUUUGUUGACUAAGGAUGAUGUAAUUUAUGUUUUCAAUUCUAUCCAGCUAUCAAGGACUCAACCUCCCAGACAGUCCAUUCGCGUUUCCAAUAGAUAGUGAGAUGUAAACAAUCAUAGUUUCAGAUACAUAUACAAGAAAUAUAGAGUUCAAAUAGAUCAAGGCCCGAGGUAUCAGCUUUCUUUUGAUACACAAGACAGUUCUUCCAUUGAACUUUUUUCUCAACCAGUGCAGCAAUUUAGUCAAAAUUCCAGGUAGUACAUACAUGCUGAAGAAGACAUUGCAAGAAGUUCCUCUUCACAAAUGGAAUUGGUGGCAUUAACAAAAGUUAAAGGAUACAUGUAAGAAGGUUAUAGCUUUUAACUACAGACAGGAGGCAGGUGGCAGAAGAAGCUUUGAAUUUUAGAACAUAUAAGUAUAGUUAUGUUUUGUUUGAUGAAGUCUUUAGUGGAUGAAAAGAACUAUUUUCUGUUGUCCACAGUUUUUCUUAGCUUAAAGAAGCUUUGAAUUUUAGAACAUAUAAGAAGUAUAGUUAUGUUUUGUUUGAUGAAGUCAUUAGUGGAUGAAAAGAACUAGAUAUUUUGUUGUCCACAGUUUUUCUUAGCUUAAGAACCUUAGAAUCUGUCUAUGACUAAGGGAUGUAUACUGUGAACAACUUCAAUAAAGGUUUUUUAU